UGGAAAUAUAGAAAUGUAAUUUAAUAGUUAUUAGUGUGUUUCUUUGUGUAGGGAGUGUUGAGUCUGGCAUACUUAUCGACGAUUCAAGUGUACGUUCUCAUAAAUUAUACGGCAUUCAUAGAAGCUCUGUUCGUAAUGUUUUCUGUAGGUGGAAUGCUGUGGUUAAGGAUAAAACAGCCCCACAUGGAAAGACCCAUCAAAAUUAAUCUAGCAAUUCCAGUCAUAUUCAUGAUCGUUUGUAUAUUUCUGGUGUUUCUGCCAUUUUACGUUAGUCCAUGGGAAACGGGUAUAGGCAUAGCCAUAACCGUCUCGGGAAUUCCUGUUUAUUUUUUAACUAUAUAUUGGAAAGAUAAACCGAAAAUGUACAAGAAAGUAAUCGCUUGGAUUACUUUGAUUACUCAAAAAUUAUUAAUAAGCGUGGAACAAGAAGGAAAAGUAGAAUGAAAAGUUAAUUUUACGAUACAAUUUAAAAUUUUAAACUAAACUUAAAAGUAAAUGACGAUUUCUAGCACACGCACUACCAAAACUUACUUCGUUAUGGUGUAAAGUCGGAAAGUUUUAUCUUACGUCACUGUCGUUCCGUAGAAUUUUUAAUGUUUAUAACGACGACACUCAGUAGUGGAAAUACUCGCCACGGGACAUUUUGUUUUAUUGGAGAAUUUUCUAUUCUUAUUGUUCGGUGUAUUUUUGAAUUUUCUUUUUUCUGCCUAUGGCAUUCAUUUUUAAUAUCUUCUGAAGUCAUUCGUAAGUACUCUUCUAUUUACACUUCGUAUCGUAUUCGUGUGAUUUUUUUUAAAUGCGAAAGAAAUCACGUGCCUUCGAGAGAAUUUCGGAGCGAGCCGGCAAUUGGCGUCUUUCUACCAGUCUACGUAGGCCUACUUUUAUUUACUUGAAGUGUUAUAUUAUUUAUUUUGCUGCUAAUAAAUAAUACGUAAUAUAAUACUUUUAACAAACAGCGUCUAAUUAAUAAUCCUAAGUAAAAAUGGUGCCGAAAAUUCGUUUACCUACGUAAAUAACAAAGGUUUAACGCAGCGAUACCGAUCUAUUUGUUUUCUUGUCCAUUUUCACGAAAUACGAAAGUUUUAAUUGGUUGGAUUUUAGUGGCCGCGAUUUGCAGCAAUAUAUGAGCCGUUGAUUUUGAAAGUGGGGUAAGUCCAUUUUAUGUUGUUGCUAUAUAUUUAAUGGUGUGCAUUUGAAUGGGUUAAAAGUAUUCGUAAGCAGUAAUAGACUUAUUUUAUGUUUUUUUUUUUUUUGGUCUUAUUUCAUGUAAAUUUAAUAGGCAAUAAUGGUUAUCCGUGGUAGGUGAAAAAAUCAUCAUUUUGUUAUGUGCCAAUGGACUUUCCUCAAUUUCAAAAGCAAUGAUUUGUUGAAAACGUUGAUUUUUUUAAUGGAAUAUAAUUAUAACAACAAAAAAUUGAAUAUUUUAUUUAUUUACUUAUUUAUUUUAUUUCAACAUUUCGUACUUCUUUCGAAAAGCUACAGUAAAACGAAAAAUAAAUUUAAUUUUAUAGGAAAAAGU